UUGCAUUAUCCAAUGAUCUAGUUUUUAAUAAUUUAAAAUAUGUCGGGCUCAAACAGAUGCGACUUUGCCAUGUAAACUUGUUCGUGAGUGUGUGUACGUGAGUGUGAAUUAGCUGUGUUAUACCGGAGGUCCUGUUUAUUAUGUUUAGUGCAGUAGUUAAGUAUUGUAAUGAAAGUUGUGUAAAUAGUUGUGUGCAACGCAAUAAAAAAAUAAAAAUAAAAAAAGAAUUGUAAAUUUAAUAUAAAGUGCGUCAAACAGGAAAAGGCCAUCUUUAUAGGCGGAAGGUGAUUUCUUUUCAUUUUUCUUACAAGGAGAGAUUAACCUACUUUAUUCUCUAAUCACCCUGAGACGAUUAUAAAAUAUUUCGUAACUAAUCUCAACAAACACGAAUACAGCAUCAGGAGCGGGCAUACAGUAUAUUGAUACAGGAUACGGCGGGCGUUACAUCAUAAAGAAAAUACAAUAGUGAAUAAACAAGCAAAGUUAAAAGAGAUGCCUUUGAGUGGCUCUUGCAUAACUUACAACACCUUAAAUAACCUAGUAGCCCCUUGGGAUUAAUCAUACCUAAAGUACUUCUACAGGUAACACUAAUCCUAACUAAUAAACACACUUGCGCUGGAAAAGGAAGUGAAUGCAACAGCGAAGCCGGAGCUUGGAGGCUUACAAACGAGAAGUAGUGUCACUUCCGAUGAGGAAGGGAAGGAACAAAAAUGGAAAUGCCAUUGCCCAAAAAUUGGAGUUUGUUUCAAUACAUUCGAACGCAACCAUUUCCAAAAAUGUGAGACUUUAAGCAACCUUUUACAUUUAAACGCUAUCUUUUACCACUGGAAAUUUACUCCACACUGUUUUGUGAAAAUGACAACACGUCAGCAAUAUCGUCGUUCUAAAUUCAUCAGAUGUUAUUUUCAAAGCCUUCCCAGCGCGAAAAAACAGUAAGUGGGUGUCAACUGAAUCACAGACGUCACAAAAAGAGUUCCCUAUCUGCAUAAAGAAAUCAGCCAAGGGCGAAGUAAUAAAGGUUCUACACAUAUCAACAAUACUGUUAUCACAUUUGAAUUACAAAACUAUAAUAUCAUUUGAACAGAAACUGUGAUUUGAAUAAAAAGAUGAAGGAUAAAUCUGAACAGCGGACGGGAUCAAAAUGUUCAAAAAGGCAUUUCAAGGAUAAAAUUUUUUUUUUCAACGGACGCUGCGCUUUACGUUUACACAGAUGCUGGCACGCCGUUAUUAUGAGGUCAGCAAAACAAACAGAAAUAACAACAAAGCUGACACGUACAAUGCUUAUUUGAAAGUCAAUUUUGUCGAGAGAAAAUUUAUGUUAACUUUAAAUGUGAUCGCUGAUGCAGAGAGCCUGUGGACGCUUCAGCCGGCAAGGAAGCGAAGAGAAAUUUUAGUUUUUCAAAUGAAUCCUUGGUCCCGUUGUUUUCUAGUUCUUCAAGUUCUUCCUGCCGUGGUUGUCGGAGGAAAAAGGUACAAAAAGGAAUGUGAGUAAGAGACGAGCGAAAUUAAGCAAUGUGGAACUGUUGUUAUAUAUUUAAUGGAAGUUUGACUUAUUGUCAAAUACCGCAACACCAAGCAACUAUUUUGUGAAUUUCAUGUCCUUCUUUCAACGGAAAUCUAACAGCUGACCUUGAGAAACUUUUUAAGGAUCUUUGUAUCGGAAUAUCAACAUGAGUUGCAGCAACUUUUUGAAACUUCUACUUCGUUCACGAAAGAGCGGUCUAACGAGAGAUGAUACACUUUUCAACCGGUGUUUGACUGUGCUCGAUGUGGUUUUGUUAGGAAUGGGAUCCAUGCUUGGUCCAGGUUUGUACGUGGCCACGGGAAAAAUAGCUCGAGAUACAGCAGGUCCAGCCAUUGUAAUUUCCCUCAUGAUAGCGGCACUCCCAGCGAUUUUGUCUUCGUUCUGUUAUGCCGAAUUUGCCGCUCGCGUCUCGAGAACAGGAUCUUCGUAUGUUUAUACAUACCUUGCUCUGGGAGAGAUAUGGGCCUUUAUGAUCGGUUGGAAUCUAAUUUUAGAAAACGUCCUUGCCAGCGCACUGCUUGCAAAUGAAUUCAGCAAAUUUCUGAACUCCAUUAGCGGGAAAAGAAUUUCAAAAUUCAUGACAGCAAAUCUUGCUAAGUGGAGCGUGACAGGAUUUCAGCCAUAUCCAGAUUUCAUAGCUUUUUUCAUCGUUAUUGUAUUCACCGUCUUGGCUGCUACAGGGUCACGAAAACCAGCCCUGUUCAUGCGGUUUGCGACUAUGAUUAAUCUGCUGGUGGUCUUGUUUAUUGUGCUCUCAGGAUUUUACUUCAUGGACACGACUAAUUGGGAAACACUUGAAAAGUUCGCGCCUUUUGGCUUCAACGGAAUCAUGGCUGGUGCAUCGAUUUCUUACUUUGCAUUUCUUGGUUUUGAUAUCAUCAAUUCCGCCAGCGAAGAGACUGACAAUCCCCUGAGAGUUGUUCCGUUCGCUAACGCUGUCAGUACGUACAUAGGGGUGUUCAUUUACCUCAUCACCGCAGCAAUUUUGACACUUAUCAUUCCUUACAAUAAACUCGGUUUCAACAGUCCUCUAACAGAUGCAUUCGGUUAUACUGGUUUUGAAAUUGGAAAAUACUUAGUCGCCAUCGGAGGAUUCUUCGGAAUGACAACUGCUCUGCUCACGUUUAAUUAUGCAGGAACUCGUCUUAUUUACGCCAUGGCCGAUGACGGACUUUUGUUUCAAAGUUUAGCAAAGGUUAGCGACAAAACUCGAGUUCCGAUUAGAGCUGGAUUAAUUUUCGGCUUCAGUGCCGCAAUAAUAGCACUUUUCUUAAACCUCGACGAUUUGGUUGAGAUGAUGUCUAUUGGAACACUCAUGGCGUACACCGCUGUGUCUGUAGCUGUCCUUCUGGAGCGGUAUCGACCGAUGUCUUCGUCAGAAUUUUCAACAAAUGAAGAAGAUUACGAUACAAAUGAAAAUGAACCCUCUCCUUGCUGUGGAAAGCUUUGCAGAGGGAUAAAGAAACAAAUCUCAGCCGUGCGAGAAAUCAAAAGCAAAUUGGGUGCUAGGUUUGGUGACAAACCCAGCGAGGAAACUCAUCGAGUUGCUGGAAUUGCUGCAGCGUGUCUUUUAUUUGCGGGUUAUGGGUUUUCUCUGUCCGUCUCUCCAGCGAGCGGCUUGCCUCAUUUGGCCGAGAAGAAUCCUGUUAUCAUAUUCGUCUCUUGCUUAAUGGGUGCUAUUGUCAUCUUCGCCUUGGUAAUAUUGUUCUUGUUACCAACAGAGGAGAUCAGGAUUGCAAAUGCAGUAAAAUGUACUCCGUUCGUUCCUCUGAUCAGUAUCCUGACCAAUAUCUACCUGCUGACUAAUCUGUCUCGGUGGACUUGGGCUCGAGUCGCUACCUGGAUGUUUCUAGGUAUGGCUAUUUACUUCAUGUAUGGUAUCCACAGAAGUAAAGUAGAUUUUACAAAAGAUGACGUUUCACGUGAUUUCUUGGACCGGCUUCUUCCGUCAGCACAUGAUGAGCACGUUCGCAGCUGGACUCCAAGCAGUGAAGAGGGACCCAUGUCACCCAGUAGUGACAGUGAGAAUGAUGAAGGGUUUCAGUCCAACUUAAUGACAAGUGAAGACGAGUCUCCCAAACACACUUAUCCACAAAGAAAACAAACAAGGGAAACACAUACAACAAUCGGACCUUCUGGAUACCGUUAAAAUUCUUCUUUUUCUUGGGACGAGCGUCCAUUUGCUCCUUUUCUCGCCUCGGAUACGUCAUAGGUGCAUUUAUAUUGACUUUAAAUAUUUUUUAGCAAAAGAAACUCGUAGAUAAUAUCUGACAAGAUGAACUUUUCUAGAGCACACUUUCCGUCAAGCCCUCUUCCGCGUCAAAUGUGUUGUGUAGUCAUAAGCAAAUUUGACUGAGAAGGUGAAGAGGACUUGUAAAUACUGUAAAAAACAACCAUGUCAAGGACAGCCCUGUCAAGGAAACUGGACACGCCUGCGUCAAUUUCGACUUUUAAUACAAAACAUACAUUCGGACUUUUUUCAAUUUGCACCUUAAUUUUUGUACAUUUGAACAUAUUUGUUUGUAAGUUAUAAGGUCAUUAAAAUCACGACAUCAUUUCAGCUACGACAACGAACAGAGGAAUGAAAACUUGUGUUGUGCCUUUGUGAGAAGGAGCAAAUCAAUUUUUUUGGAAUUAAUUGAAACAAUUCAAAUUUUAUUCAUCCUAAGAGUGUUUACUUGGAAAAAAAACUAAGUUGUUAUUUAUCUAAACCUUUCCACUUUCGACGAUAAUGAGACCAAAUUCUUAUUUCUAAAAUCUUUUUAAAGUAUAUUAUUAGCUUUAAAAACUGGAAACAUUUUGGAUGAAUUUUUCUAAAUUCUCAACACCUGUCUGCUUGACAUGUCAGUGAUACUGCAUGGAGAAUUUACAUGUUGAUCACCUCGUCGUUCAUCUGGUUGAGAAUGAAAUUAUUUAAUAUUUUGAAAUUAAAUGUAUUUUGUACAAUAAAUGCUUAGAAGUUUAUUCUGCGUUAAUAAACAACACCAGAGGUAAUUUAUCGAAGGCUAUUGGUGAAUGGCAAAGGUAGGAAAUGUAGGCGAAGAAAAAAUUGGUCAAGGUUCAGGAAAAAAAAAAAAAAGAGAUCCCAUUUGUCUGUUUCCUUUGCUCAUCCCGUGACAAGAAGUCACCAUGGCUACAAAAUGGCAUGACUACUCCUUGCUAUACCAGCCACGAAACUUUUUCACAAGUAUUUGACAAGUUUUCAUGGUAUACAUUGUAACUCUUGAACGUGCGGUUGGGAAUCCUUCUGCGAUAGAUGGCUAGACUGCUAACAUCUUGAUUUCGCGAACGGGACUUUGAACGCGAUGCUCGACGAGUUUGCUGGGAAUUUUCGAAAAGUACCUGUUUAGUCUUUUGGCCACGACGAAACACCGCGUCAUACCAGCGAGUAUUUGAAACUUUUUCAUUGAUUCAUUAAAAGUCGGUUACUAGUGAUCUACCGUCGCCUCUUUGACUAACCCCCAUCUGUUUAGCUUGCGAGUAGGCUCUCAUGUUUGGGUUUCGCCUAAAUGACCUGAAGGCCCCUUGUUUGGACACGGGCGCCUAUUUCACCAUCGGCAGCCGCUUAUGGAAAAAGUAAUCGAAACCCCUGUAUUAUCCACAUGAUUGUCAGCAGGAGGAUAUCGUUGUCGAUGCAUGCAUAAACCCCUGUAUUAUCCACAUGAUUGUCAGCAGGAGGAUAUCGGUGUCGAUGCAUGCAUAAACCCCUGUAUUAUCCACGUGAUUGUCAGCAGGAGGAUAUCGGUGUCGAUGCAUGCAUAAACCCCUGUAUUAUCCAC